AUGGCAAAUUGGAAAGAGAAAGGGGAGGUGCCAGACUCGGACGAUGACGAUAACCUGGACUUAGAUUUGGACGUGGACUUGGGCGUCGACAGCACACCGCACAGCAGUGCCAUUAAUGAUGAAGGAGCGACUGGACUGCCUGUUAACGCGGGAGUUAAUGCGGAACUCAACGAAGAACACAACGAGGAAUACUCCGAGGAAAACCACCAAGACGUGCUUCAAAAUGUACAUAAUCACAAGGAAGACGACAGCCCCGCGCUUAGCAUCCCCAGUUUGGAGCGGACUCCUGCAGAUGCCGAACAUUCGGAGGACAGAGGUGGUAAUUCAAGAGAGGACGAGGCCCUGAAAGAGCCCCUGAAGUCUUUUAACCAGGCACAUGAAGCGCCUCUACAACCCUCUCCAAAGUCGCCACAAGGCUUUAAAUUUCCUCUGGGGUUUCUUGAUUAUGACGAUGCGGCAAAUGCACUCUCCGCUUCAAGGCAGCACCAUCAAGUUGCUGGGCCUGAGUUUGUUGACGAUAUAUCUCAAACCUAUGUACGAAUUACCACGCCGUCCUCGAGUCCCCUGACAACUCCUCCGAGUAGUCAGUCCUCGACGAGGAUGGGAAUGAGUAAAUCCACCCAAAGCGAGAAACACCAAGCCUCUGAAAACCCAGUUCAGCCUAUUCAACAGGAGUCUAUGAACGGGGAGAGACCGUUCCCGCCACUUCAAGGGCCGCCUCUGGAUGUGUACAGACGCACUUUUCGACAGCGGAAUCUCAUUCAGUUGCACCCGUACGUUCUCGAGGAGGAGAAGUACCGGCGAAUUGCAAGGGCACGUGGCAUGACGCCGUUGAGAAUGGCCCAAAUUCAAGACGAGAAGAACAAAAAGGCUAGAGGCGCAUCCUCCCCGGAUCCUGAUUCUCAAGACAUGGAAUUUGAGAUGGAGGAGAGUCAGCAGAUGGAUGUGGAUUGGAAUCCUCCAUCUUCCCCACCACUUCCGCCAUCCUCCCAGAACGAGCAUGAGACCGAGAAUACGAACGAGGCUCUUGCCAUAGGUAGUGAUGAUGAAUUUCCCGAUAUCGAGGAGCUCCUGCGAGCCCCAAUACCUGCUCCGCACCCAGCCAACCCCAAGCGUCGUCUGAAGACAUACACGUCGAAACCUCGAAACCCCCCGUUGUCUAAAAUUCAGAAUCGCCCUAGAAAUACUUGGAGCAAAAAUAACGACCAUUUCGAUGUCCCUGCUUCUCCACCGGCUACGAGCUCCCCUUUUGCAGCUACCUCAUACAUCACCAGGACAUCUCUAUCUCGAACAUUAUCAAAUUCGUCAUCUAAGGAAGCAACACCUACCCGGCUUGAAAAAGAUGCGCCCCGUUUUCACGGGGCUGCGGAUUUACCAACACCGGCGACGAGUGCUAUUAAACCAAUUCCCGACCCUGUAUCCAUUGACUCUGAUAGUGAUCUUGGCGAUCCCUUUGGGACAGGGAAUGAUUUGUCACAUUCGUCGGCCUCGUCUUCUGCCGAAUCAGUUCAAGUCCGAAAAGUUGCUUCAAGUCGCACCCACCGACAGAGCUUCAGUGUAUCCCCCGCCAAGUUACCAGCUCGACGUGGUGUAGCACUUCCCAGGCCCUCAGGUACAGCAGGAAGUCCAUCUGCGGCGACGCACAGUCGGAUGCAUUUUCUUUCCGACGAUUCGGAUGACGACGAAUUUGACGAGAACGGAUUUGUCAUGGAGGACGACAGGGUCAAUGGGCUGGAUCAACUUUUUGAACGAGAAGGUUCUGCCGACGAGGAUGAUAGAAUUGAUCCAAUGCUUCCAAGUCACAAGCGCCCAACAAAACUUGCUGGUGGCAACUUCCGAAAAAGAAGACGUUUGGAUGCGACAGCAGUCCCUCGAAAGCGCGGCAGCGGAUGUGUACGCCAGCCUAAGAUCACCGAGCAUCUAAACCAACCUCGACAGCCGAUUAAGAGUAAUGCUAGCAAACUUCGAGAGGGCAGGUCUUCGUUUAGGCGUGCAAAGCUCGCCAAUGUUAGUCGUUCUACGAAAAAAAUCCCUCCGAGGCUUAGUAUUUUAGAUGUCACGGACAUAAACACUCAAAGUCGAUCAGAAAUUCCCCAGUUCAUUAGGAUAGCUGCCCGUACUGCAAGAUUGAAACCUGGGCAAGGGGAGCAGAGUCCAUCGAGGAAGUAUAUCAGACUAGCGAACCGGGAAGACACAUUUGAUGCUCAAAGUGUUCUAGAAGAUUGGAGAGUGGGCAAAAUCAAGCCUAAAGUACUCAGCACUGUGCCAGAGCCCUCGAUCAGUCCCAUGAGACGGCCUCUUGACCCAAUUGCGAGUAAUCGACAAAGUAGACUGCAGUCGCCUAUGAGUAAAGGGACGCAUUCCAUAGACGUUCGAAAUCGAUCAACGGUGAUGCCGCGAAAGAUUGUUGUAUCGAGGGUGAAACAGAGAUCUAUGAAGAAGUUCGUGACUUCCGAAGAACCCAUGGUCGACCAUCAUGAUGCGCCCCCAAUCGGAAAGAGGAGAGUGUGGAAUCAUCCGCAGACACGCCCUGACACGUCGCAUCGUGUCGCUCCCUCCGCAAGACCUGCACAGCUUGAAGCUCUCGAAAUGGAGUAUUCCCGUCAGAACCCGGCCUCUGCUUUCAUAUCGACUAAGAAGACUUUGGAUGCAAUCUACAGGACUGCCCGAAAGCGUCGCGGGCCUCAGGUCAACCUUCAACUUGGAAGGUUCCUUGCCGAUGAUGACGUUGUAAAGUCACGGGUAGAGGUCCAGAGGAAAGCGGGUGAAACACCUAUAACUCCAGCUCAACUUACAUUGAAGGGCUCCAGACGUAGGAAGCCUCAACCAGAACGGGUAGAUGUCGGCGCAGCAAGAUAUCGCCAGCCAAGCGAGCCUAUGAUCUUAGAAAUUCUUUCUCCAACGCUCUUACAAGAUGUUUCCAGUGAGGGAAGCAAGUUACAGGGUUUAGGCAAAUUUGGGACAAGGUAUCCGCUCCAUUUUGAUAUUUUCCCAUUGCAGUCUGGAAUUUACUUCCAUGAGACCACUUUCAUAGGGAGUGGUCGCCUUUCCAAGGCAGUUAAGGGAAGGAUUGUUCAAACAGUGGCCUCAAAUCAAUAUGCCUCAAUCCAGCUUGGUGAUAGGGCAUUUCGAUGGGGACCAUGGAAUCAAGUCGUUUCGUCUGAAAUUGGUGUUUGUUUUGACUGGAUUCUCGAUCAACACCUCUCACCCUCGCCAGCGUCAACCCCGUCAACGGUCAACACCAUAUCCAUAGCAACGUUUAUUGUCGAUUAUGUUCAAGACCAUUUAAGUUUUACAGACUCUGAUGAUCAUACCGAUUUUCUAACCAGGCUCAUUGAAAUCCUCCGAGACGUUUCAUCUCGCGUCAAAUGCCAGAUUUCUGCAGUCCAACAGACGCGCCCUCAAUUGAUUGAGAUCUUGAGUCGGUCUAUGUUAGUAGGAUUGCGGGUCCUUCAAGUUGCUCGUGCACGACCAGAGGAUGCUGCACUCGGGUUCGAAGUUGAAGACGUGCUGAAAAAUGUUGCGCGUACCUGUGUGGGCUUAUUGCUCGCUCAUGGCCUAGGUGGAAUAAGAAAACUUUAUGACGACCUCCAAUAUCUUUCGUUCCGCGAACGAGGGAUCCGUCAUGACCACUUUGCUGCUGAAUCCUGGGUAAUCAUAAUGAGGGUACUGGAAGCAGCUCACAUCUCGAGAGGUUCUUUCUGGGACAUCGUUAAUCAGGAACUCAUUGAUAAUGAGGCGAAGAGUACUAACGACGCACGUACCAUGGAGAAACUGUGGUAUUCAAUGUUUUCUCUUCUACCGCUCUGCGAAUUUGACGAGUUCGGGGUCGUCAAGCCUGGCCGACGUCGAAAUAACUCAUUUGACAAUUGGUCAUUGCCACAGCAGAUGCUAAAAACAAUAUUUUCGUUAUACAGUUCAAAUCCCAGGCAAUCGCCUGGCUUUAACGAUUAUUGCAGAGCGCUUGUUAGUCGCUGUCACUAUCUAAUAACUGUUUGGAGUUGGUGGAAAUGUAGUGGUGUGAUAGGAGCUAUCUUCGACUUCUUCGCAUCCCAGAAGCUCGCUCACCUACGCAACGAAGAGGUUUAUGAUUCGCCACGUUUUCUGAGGGAGCUUGACAAGGAACCAUUGUUAGACGUCGACCCGGAAGACCGCUGCUUUCACAUCCUCCUCAAAAUUGUGGCUAUGGCAAUCAAGCAUAUGGAAAAAGCAGGAGACAUCAAGAGUAUUCGCAACCUGGUUGCGCGACUGCUUCCCAAUCAUGAUCGUCAAUAUCCAAAGGAAGAAGCGAUCCAUCAACGAGAAUUGGCUUCGUUACGAAACCACCAUGAUCUUCUCUGCACUUUGUACUGGGCAGCCCCGGCAGACCAUAGACCUUCUCUUUCCCUUAUCCAGGAGCUUGUGAUCGCGGAUCGAUCACACAAGGAAGCCUGUCUGAUAAACAUAAGAGCUUGGGAGAAUCUCGCGCGAUUUGUUGUGACUAAUUCUUCGGGCUCUGUUACCUACCAGCCAUUUGCGCUUUGGCAGAAUGAGUUCUCGGCGAAACUUUAUCAGCAGUAUCUUGGAAUCGAAUCAGAGGUGCGACAUCAGGCUGAGGCGCUCGAGAAAACUGAUCGGAACCCAAUCUCAGAAGGCUUGUUAAAACAGACAAUUCUGGCGAACAGAAGAAGCACAAUUGAAACUCUACGCGUAAUGGUGAGGGCCAUGGACUAUACUGUCAAGGCUGCUACGUCUCCACAGUUAGCUAUCCAAGCCUUUAACCCAGGUCGGUCUUUCCACCAUGUCGUUAAAACGUUAUUGACAUUCUAUAGAACUUCUUUGCAAAGCUAG